GGGACGGUCUCUCCGGCUCGCUGAGUCGCAGGCUGACGGCGGGCGGCGCGAGCGCUCGGGCCGCGGGCCGCGUGGACACCUGCCUUCCCGGGAAGGAGACCCCCCCCCCCCGUACCGGAAGUACUUCUGUGCCUCAGAAGCUCAGAAUGGGAGACCAGCCCCUACCCCACCCGCUGUGAUCCGGCCUCGCCGAGCUUCCGUCGGGAUGCCUGUAAACCACCAGAAAUCCGGCUCCUCGGAGAUGGACGCUGACAUGUCGCCCAGCUGCAGACUUGGUGAUGUGAGCAGAGGUGGCAGUGUGGAGAGCCGCAGCCGUGCUCAGUCCAGAAGUUUCUCUCUGGAUGACGAAAGCCUGCAGUACCUCACACACGAGGAGAAGGAUGUGAUUCUGUUCUUCGAGGAGACUCUCGAUUCCCUGGCAGACGACUUCGAGGAUGCAGCACUGGGUGAUGGUGGCAGUUGCUGCCACUCCCCACCCACUCCGGAGGAGAGCCCUGCCAGUCCCUGGGAGCCGGGAGAGGUCAUCGACCUGGUGCAGCCAGGACCCACAGCUGGUGGAGCUGGGAGCCUUCCAGAUGUGCUCCAUACAGCAGGGAAUGAAUCUGCAGGGCAGGAUGAUGUCCCUGUCCUUGAAGGCAAGAAAGAAGAUGCUGAGAAUACCCCACUGCCAGACUCCAGGGACCCUGAGGCCCCUCCUCAGCCCCCCGUCCUGCCCAGCGACCCAGAGCCAGCACCUCCCAGGAAGGAGCUGCUCAGCCCCGGUCCUCCUUCAGAGCAUCCAAAGCUGCUUCGAUCCAUCCCCACACCCCUGGUGAUUGCCCAGAAAAUGUCAGAGAAGCUGGCAGGAAGUGAUGCCCUCUCUCCCACAUCCCCCUCAAAGGAAGGAAGACCCGGAGAGUGGAGAACUCUGCUAUCUGCAGCCCCUCGAAACGGGGACCACCCCUUGUGGCACAGACACACAGCCCAGCCGUCCCCCAAGAUCCACCGCUUCCCCAGCAACAUCAGUGUGACCAACAGCUCAGGGAAGGAUUUCAACAAGACCAUCUCCAAAGCCGCUGUCAACGUGCAGGAGCGCAAGGCCCAGGUCUUGGCCAACAUCAAUGGUGUCUCCUUCCUGGCUUCGGGAGACAUGGAAGGCCGGCCUCCAAGAGGUGAUAUCCCAGAGCAGAGGGACUUCUGCCCCGAUCAGAGCAGGCCGGGCCUGGCUAAGGAGGCCGAGGGUCCCCAAGCAGGAGGGCCGGCCAGUGGUCAGCAGUCCCGGGCUGUGCAGACCGAGCAGCCUCCGCUCCUGGCCAAUGGCUUCCAGAGCAUCCACGAGGCACUGAAAAGCGAGCCCAGCGUCUUUAUCCCCACGGGGAAGACCAUCACCUUCCGGCCUGACCCUGCCCUGGCCAGCAAGCUGGCACGCCAGAAUGCCAGCCGGAGCCUGUACCAGCCACAGCCACCUGACUGCAAUCAGAAUGCCAGGAAGCGGGCUGGCUCUCUCCCCAGGGCGGUGGGCUUCCGACCCCAGGGCAUCACCGUGCAGUUCUCAGGCCGCGGCUCCACGGAGGAGGCUCGGCGGGAGGCACUGCGCAAGCUGGGGCUGCUCAAGGAAAACCUAUGAGCCCAGGCCACAGGGAGGCUGGAAUGUGUGGGUCCUCAACCCAGACAGAGGGCAGGGAGUUCAAGUUGACACAGGGAUCUUCUCCCACAACCAAGAGCCAAGGCACAAAAUGCUGCAUUCUUAAAGGGGCGGAAGCCACAGCCCCCACCGCUGCCAGUGUGGGAGGGAACCCAAGGCCUGGGCCCUUGCUCUGCUGAGCAGGGCAUCCUUCUGUGAAAGAGAACCGGGCCAGUAUCUUGUCAUCUUCCUUUUCCUAAGGUCUCAGAGAGAAUAACCUUUAAGGCAUAUGGGUUUCCUUGGUUUGGAAGUGGCGUAUAUGUUUAGAUUGUUUGGGAGGAGGGGAUUUAUUACAUCUCUAGCCCUUUUCAUGGGACAUGAAAGCCAGUUUAGCUCUUUCUCAUACUCAGGAUUCUCUCCCCCCCACCCCCAUUCUAAGACAGCAGAAAAUUAAUGCUUGUUCAGUUUUAUACUAUAUAUAUAUAUAUAUAUAUAUAUAUCACUUUUUUUUAAGAGUUGAAAGAUUGUACUUUACCCCCUAGGCAAGCUUUUGUUUCUUGAUAUAAUUUAAUAGGAUUCCAGGGGGUUUUUUUUCCAUCAAAAUUGGAAUGAAAGUUUUAGAGUAAGUAAGGUGUACGUUUUGAAGCUGAGGUUGAAAAAGGUAGCAUUUGGAGAAAGAACGUCUGCUCAAAACUGUCCAAUCUGCGUUCCUGAGACAGGAGUGUGUCUGUGUUGUAUGUAUAUAUAUGUACAUAAGAUGUGUUAACAUAUUCCUGGGUGUUGUGUGUGCUCACGUGCAUGUCCGUGAUUACAUAAAUACCAGUUCUGAAAACCCUGUUAUGUAACUCCAGGAUACCCGCGCUUCCUGCUCUCCUCUUCCCGCAGGCGCCUCAGCCAUGUAACCAGCUGCACCGACGUCGUUGCUCUGAACAUGGAAGUCUUCUGAGGACACGUGUCUGCGAUAUUUUGGUGAACCAGAAGUACUUUUUCCUCAACAAGGUGUUCUUUUGUUCCCAAUUAAAGAAAGCAAUGUUCCCUACUUUACAAAAUAAUCAUCUUUGCUUUUUCACCCAAGAUCACCACAUUUUGGUUUUGUGCAUCCCGAAGCAGAUACUGGGCAGGAGGGAAACAAAAGCUUCUCAAAGUCCUCCUGUGGGAGCACAGCUUAGAAUCCAUUUGUAAAGGGAGAAAAGAUUGGAGAAGUCAGGGCCCCAGCCUGAAAAGAACUCUUGUAGUCCCAGACCGUCUCCUACAGGCUGAGUACUGGCCACAGGUAUUACUAUCACAACUAUUGAAGGCUGGAGUCCUAAAUCUCUAAAAAUAUUCAGGGAAGGGCAGCCCUGGAGAGCCACACCCUUCUGCUGGUCCCUGCCAGCCCUGAGACAGAGCCGGUUUCUUUCCUGUUGAGUAUUAACUGAAAUUCAAACUUCUAAAUGUGCUGUGAAGGAUUUAUUCAUAGUAUUCCAUUUGCCUUGUAAGUUUCACAAAAUGAAUGAUGCCAGUUGCUUUUCUUAGAACCACAGUAUUUUGUGUCUCAUCCAGCCCUCGUUGGACUGUUUCUGAUGAACUAAUCUCUCAUUUGUGAUCGUAACUAGGUGCUUUACUCUUACAGCUUUUCAAAGUACUUCUUUUAAAAAAUUUUACUUCAGUGUCUGUUGGAUUUGUUUAAAGGAUUUCAUGCAUGUUUCCUUUUUUAUGAAGUGAGAUGCCUUCCACAGUGUUUUAAUAAUUGACGGUCUUGCUUUAGGCAGACAUUUUAAGUAUUCUUGAUAUAUGAAGACUCUUUUUAUCAUGUCCCAUGAUUUUAUUGUGAACGUGACUAUAUUAGCAUAUCUACUCUUAAGACAUUUUUGAAAAAAACAAAUUUUGAAUUUUAUCUUGCAUAUUUCAACCUGGGUUUUACAUCAUACAAUACAUUUUCAAUUGUUUUCUUUUCUUCUUUUAUUAUU